AUGUCGCGUCGGUGUCGCUGGCAGGCCCCGUCCUGGACCAGUCUGCGGCUGCUGCUGGCGCUGCUCUUGGCAGCCAGCCCCGAGCGGGCGGCGGCCCGGCGGCACAGGUCUGCGGACGUCUUUGACGAGGAACUCCACGUGCACCAUCUCAGGCACCACAGAGGCGUGGAGAGGGAGUUCUCGUGCGGCCGGCUGUUCUACCGCACCUUCCACCUGGACGAACACCGGCACGCCCUCUACGUGGGCGCCAUGGAUCGCAUCUUCAAACUGAACUUGAACAACAUCAGUCACUCGCAUUGUGAGAGAGAUUCUCUUCGUUUGGAUCCCACGCAUGUCGGCAAUUGUGUAUCGAAAGGGAAGUCAGAGCACUUCGACUGCCGGAACCACAUCCGGGUGAUCCAACCGAUGGACGGCGUAGGCAGCCGCCUCUACGUGUGUGGAACCAACGCACACAGCCCCAGGGACUGGAUCAUACACGCAAACCUGAGCCACGCGGGCGGCGAGUCCCCGGCGGCGGGCUCUGGCCCCGCAGUGGCCAAGUGCCCCUACGACCCGGCCGACAACUCGACGGCGCUGUGGGUGCGGCGCGGCAACCCGGGCGGCCUGCCGGGCCUCUACAGCGGCACCAACGCCGAGUUCACCAAGGGCGACACGCUCAUCUUCCGCGCCGACCUGCACAACCCCAGCACCGGCCGCACGCAGUUCCCCUUCAAGCGCACCCUCAAGUACGACUCCAAGUGGCUCGACAAGCCGGACUUCGUGGGGUCGUUCGAGAGCGGCGAGCACGUGGUGUUCUUCCUCCGCGAGCCGGCCGUCGAGUACAUCAACUGCGGCAAGCGCGUGUACUCGCGCGUGGCGCGCGUCUGCAAGGCCGACACGGGCGGCAAGAACGUGCUCGCCCACAACUGGGCCACCUUCCUCAAAGCGCGCCUCAACUGCUCGCUGCCCGGCGAGUUCCCCUUCUACUUCGACGAGAUACAGAGCGUGUACCGCACGUCGCCGGACUCGGGCCGCUUCCACGCGGCGUUCACGACGCCGACGACGGGGCUGCGCGGCUCGGCCCUCUGCUCGUUCCUGCUGCGCGACAUGCAGCGCGUCUUCGACGAGGGACGCUUCAAGGAGCAGGCGUCGAGCGGCGCCGCCUGGCUGCCCGUGCUCACGAGCCGCGUGCCCACGCCGCGGCCGGGCUCCUGCGUCAACGACACCAGGGCUCUGCCAGAUGCCGUGCUGAACUUCAUCCGCUCGCAUCCGCUGAUGGACUCGGCGGUUCCUCACGAGCACGGGCGGCCCAUCUUCUACGUGAAGGACGUGCUGUUUACCAGACUGGUCGUGGACGCCGUCACCGGUGCCAGGGGCCAGGAGUUCACCGUCUACUUCGCAGGGACAACUAAGGGGCAGGUGUACAAAGUGGCCAAGUGGCUGGACGAGCAGGCUGAACCCGCUUCUCGGCUCGUCGACGUCUUCGACGUUACGCCAGGGGAGCCAAUCAGAGCGAUGGAAAUCUCUAAAAAGCACGAGUCGCUGUACGUGUCGUCGGACGGGCGCGUGCGGCAGGUGGCGCUGCCCGGCUGCGCGAGGCUGCACACGUGCGCUCAGUGCGUGCAGGACCCGUACUGCGGCUGGGACGCGCGGCGGGCGGUCUGCGCCGCCUACAGGCCGGGACUGCUGCAGGCGGCGUCCGCCCCCAGCGCCCCCGAGUGCGAGCAGCCGUCGGCGCGGCGAGUGUCCGCGCGCUGGGGGCAGAGCGUGCUGCUCGCCUGCUUCCCCCACCUGCCGCCGCAGCUGCGGGGGCGGCACCUGCGCUGGAUUCACCGGCCGGCGGUGGGCGGACAACCCACGCAGCUGCACCACAGGCGAGUCUCCGGCCGCGGCGGCGUAACGCGGGUUGCGUUCACAGCAGGCGCGGGCAAAUGUCGCACGAAUGCGAAUACGGGUAUAUGCGAGAAGCAGGGGCUGCCAGAGAUCUGCGGAUACGUAACAGUCGUGGAAUAUCUUGAAGUGCUGAAAGCUGUCUGUAAAUGA